AUAAAUGUAAUUGUAUAUAAAAAAGCGGCCCUAAUUUGCAAAUUUGAAAUUAAGUGGUCAGAUCCAAAAUAAAUUGUAGAACAGUUUAUCUAUAAAGUGUAAAGUUUAUUAUUAUUAUCGGGUGACUAUUAGGAUAUAACAGAGGUCAAUCCUUACCCAUAUUAUCAUAAGGAUAAGGAAAAUCUGUCAACUCCAGACAUAAUCUGCUUGGAGUCUUAUUUAUACAUCUUGUCAGUCUGUACAUGUAAACUACCUAGAGGUAGAUGAUAAGUCAAUCUGGAUACUAAUCGUCACUAAACAUUUUACAACUAAGUGCACGGCUGGUAUCAAAAUUGCCUUGUCUGCAAAAAAAAUAGAAAUGUAGUUUCCAGGAGCAAUUUCAUGUUUAUGUAGGACAUAAACACAACACUGGACGUGUCUCCAAAUUGACGAGGCAAUGUUAUCAAACCAAACGUGAAUUUUCAAUUAUUGAAUUUAUAUGACAUUGUAUUUAACUAUUCUGUCGUAAUCACUGCACAUUUUCAUUUGACAAAUUGUGAUUGGCUGUGGUUUAGCGAGAUAAUCUUGCAUUGUCGUGGUUGCGCUUGCCAAAUCUGACUCGUGCACAGUGUAAAGUUAUAGUGCUUGGGCAUUCUUCUCCUACUUAAACUAAAAUUAUGCAGAUUUGGAAAACGCAAAUGUCAGCUAACCUGGUACUCAUCAUGAGUUACAGAUUGUUUUUUAUAUUAAUUUGUGUUUAUUUGUCAGCAGCGAAGCCCUCGAAAUAUUUAUUAAAUGAAGAUAUAGGCCAAGCAGCGGAUAUAGCAACAAUGCUUUUGUCACACCAAUAUGACGGGAAAAAAUCCGAGUUGCCUAAUGCUAAUACAGCUGUGGUAGCUCAAGAUUCAGACGAUGAUACGGUGAUAGUUUCGAAAUUAAGUGACACCGAAAUAAUUUCGCUGCUUAAGAAAAAACAAAAGCAAGACUUGCUUGAUGUGACAGAUACUGAACCCAUUAGAAAAAGUAAAAAAAAGGCGAAAAAUCUAAAGGAUAAAAAACCGCGUGCACAUAAUCAAAAUUUAGAUCGUGGAUCGGCUUUCUUUAGAAUAGAUGAUAAGGAAGUUGAACCUUACAAUGUGAAAGUUGGCGUGGAUCCAAAUUACCUAGCAAAUCAAAGAAUCAAAAAUUUGUUGCACAGUGUUCCUUUACAAAAUCUCGUUGAUAUAAGUAGCGAGGAAACUGAAGAAAACAAAGAACUAUUAUUCGACAUAUUAACAGCGCAAUUAAAAAAGUUAUGUUGUAAGUCUAGUAAAACUAAAAAAACGAAACAGAAAAAAGUAAAUUUACCAUCAUAUGAGCCUUUGUUAAGUAUUUCCGACUCUCAUGAUAAUAAUCAGUCAACAGGAAUCAUGAAGCAUGAACAAAUGUUCCUCAUUAUAAAUGAUGAAAUUCAAGAUGAGCAGGCAUCAGAUAUUAUAUACGUAGACCCUGAUAGCCUUAGUCCAAACAGUAGUGUUGUUUUACUUGGACCUAUUACGACGCCAUUAAGUGACCCUCAACUUAAUCUUGUGAUGAGCCGCAUUACAUUGGAAUUAUCGAAACCAGAAUACAUUCCACUUCUGAAGGAGCUGUCAGAGGGUAAAAUUAAGAAAAAUAACACACGUCUGAUGAAGAGUUUGGUCAGUGGAUCAAAUACCCGAAGAUAUAUAAAGCCACACAGGUGUAAUCAACGAUAUCCACUUGCCGAAGGUCCAAAGUGGCUGGUGUGUACAGGAUACUUGAAUAUAAACACUCCAAGUAUAUACGACUAAAAUAAACGUUGAAAGAUG